AUCAGUGAAGGAGAGGAGAGAGAGAGAGGGAGAGAUAGAGAGAGAAAACUCUACAGUGGUCCACAACUGUGAGCCUGUUGUCUCUUCCUCUUGUUAUCAUCUCAUCUCUUCAAACACUUUCUCACUUCAGUAACUUCAUUCUGCUAUAUAUGCCUGGUCUCUACAGAUAUCCCAACGGAUCUUCCCCUUUUACAUGCUCUGUAUAUAUCUUCUUCUCUGUCUCUGUUUCUCUGCUAAAUUCUAUCACUGUUCUUCAAAACCCAAUUUGGAAAAGAAGAAUGAUUUUUGAUCAUAUAUAUAGUUUCUGGGCAGUUCCUUUUUUUGUUAUAUUUUAAGCAUUCUUGGCUUUUUCUCUGUUUUGUUUGCACUUUUUAUAGGGUUUAUACAGGGUUUUUCCGCUUUUUUCAUAGAAGAUUCUCUUUCCCUAUUGAGCCUUUGCAUUUUCUUCUCCAAUCGGGUCUUGCAAUUCCCCUCCAAUCACUACACUCCUUAAUGCCCCAUUUGAAACUCUAUUGAGCUUGAAUUGAAACUGUAUUUCACUUUUUCUGGGUUUGUCAAGAUGUCUUGUUUAAGUGGGAGUGGGAGAGCAUAUGGAUUGGACCUUGAACUGGUGAAAUCCACAUCCACCUGCACAAGAACAUCACAAACAUCUUCCCCUUCUUCAACAGUCACAGAAUCAAGUAAUUCUCCAUUAGCAAUCACAACCCGAAAGCCUCGAACUCCUCGAAAACGUCCAAACCAGACCUACAAUGAAGCAGCUGCUCUGCUCUCCAAUGUCUACCCCAACAUCUUCUCUAUCAAACACCUCACGAAACCCCACAAAUUCACCAAGCCCCAUGAGUCUUUCUUCGAGGAGUCUUCGGAUUUGCUACUCCCCUUUCGGGUUUUCGACAACUGCGGCUUCUUGCUCCACCAUCCAGUCCCUGAAAAACCUAAUUCCCGAAUUGAGUCUAAGCUAGCCAGUUUCAGCUGCCAGAGUAGCGGGGAGAUUGAUUCCGUUGCGAAUUCGAUUGGUUUUUGCGAGGAGUACAGUGAGGAUUUCGAUGCAGAGUCGAUUCUAGAUGAGGAAAUUGAGGAGGGAAUUGAUAGUAUUAUGGGGAAUCUGAGCAGCAGCAGCAGCAACAACGACAACAAUUGUGGGAAUUCCAUUCCGAUUGGACUUGGUUUUGGCGGGAAUUUGGGGUUUAGGUUCGGAGUAAGGAGAGAAAUUAGGGCAUUCAGACAUGUCGAUAACGGGAAUUGGUGGAGUUUUCCGACUGUGGAUGUCCAUCAAAUCUCUCCAAGACUCAACAAAAACAACAAUUGGAAUUCGAAUUCAAAAUCGGGCGAGAAGAAGAAAAAGAAAGUGGAUUCGAAGAGCCCAGAAUUGGCCAAAGAAAAUUCAGCGAAUGCGGGAUUACUAUUGAAAUUGAACUACGACGACGUCUUGAAUGCUUGGUCCGACAAGGGCUCGCCGUUCUCCGAUGAAUCUCCAUCCUGCAACGGAAACGAUGUCUCUGCCAGGUUGGCACAGAUUGAUUUAUUCUCGGAGAGUGGUGGAGUGAGAGAAGCUAGUGUGUUGCGCUACAAGGAGAAGCGGCGUACACGUCUCUUCUCUAAAAAGAUCAGGUACCAAGUCAGAAAAGUCAACGCUGAUCGGCGGCCCAGGAUGAAGAUUUGUGAGGAGGCCUCAUUCAAGCAAAAUGGUAAAAGAAGAGAAGUGAUAAAGAAACAGAAGAAGAAGAGCCUGUUAGAGUUGUGAACAUCACAAUUAAUCCUUUCAUCUUUUUGUUUUCUCUUGUUUUUAAUAAUUUAUUAGUUUUUUUUUUCUUGUUUCCUUCCCUUUCUAGUAACUAAAAAGGAGAUAAAGAUGGAGACCAAAUUAGAAGAUGAGAAAAUAGAGAAAUAGACCAACUUUUUGGUGUGUAUUUGUUUCUCUUAUUAGUUGGAGUAUUCAUCGGUUUCAAAUUAUUCGUUUUUUUGGGUGAUCGAAAAUGGCACCAUAUGGAUUUAUUCUUUAGA